AUGAUGGGGAUUCAGUUAGAGGGAAAGCUGUGUAAGGUGAAGUUGAGUGGAGGUUGUAAGAUGGAGAUUCAGUUAGAGGGAGGGUUGCGUAAGGUGAAGUUGAGUGGAGGUUGUAAGAUGGAGAUUCAGUUACAGGGAGGGUUGCGUAAGGUGAAGUUGAGUGGAGGUUGUAAGAUGGAGAUUCAGUUACAGGGAGGGUUGUGUAAGGUGAAGGUGAGUAGAGGUUGUAAGAUGGAGAUUCAGUUACAGGGAGGGUUGUGUAAGGUGAAGGUGAGUGGAGGUUGUAAGAUGGAGAUUCAGUUGCAGGAAGGGUUGUGUAAGGUGAAAAUGAGUGGAGGUUGUAAGAUGGAGAUUCAGUUACAGGGAGGGUUGUGUAAGGUGAAGUUGAGUGGAGGUUGUAAGAUGGAGAUUCAGUUACAGGGAGGUUUGUGUAAGGUGAAGGUGAGUGGAGGUUGUAAGAUGGAGAUUCAGUUACAGGAAGGGUUGUGUAAGGUGAAGGUGAGUGGGGGUUGUAAGAUGGAGAUUCAGUUAGAGGGAGGGCUGUGUAAAGUGAAGAUGUGUGGUGGUUGUAAGAUGGGGAUUCAGUUACAGGGGAAGGCUGUGUAAGUUGAAGAUGAUUGGAGGUUGUAAGGUGGGGAUUCAGUUAGAGGGAGAGCUGUGUAAGGUGAAGAGGUGUGGAGGUUGUAAGGUGGGGAUUCAGUUACAGGGGAAGGCUGUGUAAGUUGAAGAUGAGUUGGUUAGGUGAGUAUUUGAGAAUCUAUGGGCUUCAUGAUGGGACGUGAAUUGAGUUUCAAUAAGAGACUGCGAGGUGGAUAUUACAUGUUUAGAUUGUGCUGGAGCCCCUGCUUACUGGAUAGAAGUCUGAUGUGAGCAGUUAGGGAAAUAGUCCAAGAAAAGCCUGUGUGGAUGGUACUUAAUGGUAUGGCAGUCAAUGAGAUCUCUUUGUUUUGCAUGUUAUGUAUAUGUGUAUAUAUUUUGUAUGGAGCUUCUUGAAACAUGUAUGGUAAUUAUACAACAUCUAAUGUUAUUUCAUGUUAAAUUGGUAUACAUGUAGUAAGCUGGUCUUCUGUGAAUAGUGUACAAAUAUUUUUAUACAUACAAAUAUUUCUUUUGACUA